CUCCCCUCCCCUUUCUACUUCUCCACAGCACGGAGACCUUCAGCCUCCACGGGGAACCGGAGCUGCAUCACCCGCCGCCGCUCGCGCUCGCUGAGCGCCGCCUCCGCGCCUUUGCCGGUUUUAUCCGCUUUCCUCCUCGCGUUCUUGGACAAGAAAGUCGUUAUUGGCUUGAUCAAUUUUUUGUCUGAGGAGGAGGGGCGGGUGAUGGUGGUGGGGCGGUGAGGGUGGUGGCGGCGCCGGGAUGGGAAGCGUCGGUGGAGAAGACGAGUUCCCCGCCGGGGUUACGGGGGCGGACGCGGAGGUGGGGGCGCUAGUCUGGGUGCGCCGCCGCAACGGAUCCUGGUGGCCGGGCCGGAUCCUCGGCCAGGACGAGCUCCCCGAGAACUGUGUCGUUCCGCCCCGCUCCGCCGGAACGCCCAUCAAGCUCCUCGGCCGCCCCGACGGCAGCAUUGACUGGUAUAAUCUCGAGAAGUCUAGGCGUGUCAAGGCAUUCCGGUGUGGGGAAUAUGAAGAGUGUAUAGAAAAAGCAAAACUUUUAGCUCGCCAGCAAAAGAGGACAUACAAUGAAGGAAAGUAUGUUCGCAGAGAGGAUGCCAUUAUGCAUGCCCUUGAAAUCGAAAGAUCUCGCUUUCCAGAUGAAGAUGAAGAUGACAUGGAUGAUGCAAUGUGUGCAUCCCAGAACACCUAUUCAGCAAAGUCUAAAAACAAAAGAUCUUCUCAUGUUGAAACAGAUAUGUAUGGUAUUGAAGAAACCUCAGCUCAAGGUUCAUCUCAGGCCUCAUUGUUCAAACUGCCACAAAAUAUAUCCUCUUCAAGCACAAGGUAUGCUUCAUCAUCAAAGAAGAAAAGGAAGUCAUCAAAAAAACGUCAGGAUGAUACAGGUAAAGGAUUCCGGCGCAUGAGAGACCUUAUUGGAUCCAAUACUGUUCCAAAGCAGAAGUCAAGUGCAGGUUCUUUUUCAAAUGGGUAUCAGGAUCUACCUCUUUUUGAAAGUGGGCCAAGCUUUGGCUAUGACUUGUAUAGCACCGAUGGAAUAAACAGGAGUAAUCAGUCUCAUUCAUUGACGAAAAGGAAACGAUCCAAUAUUGGGCAAGCUUAUGAAAAUUCGAGGCAUAAAGAUAGGCAACGUCCUCUGUCUAAGUUAUGUGAAGAUUCACCCCUGACAGUUCCAUCAUAUUGGGACCCGUCAAGGCAGUCUUCUGUCCAGUACCCUGGACACAAACUGUCCAAUGUGUUCGAAUCAAAUAGGGGGGGAUCUGCGUUGUCAGAGAAUGUAAAUUGUUCCCACAGCUCAGGCGCUUCAAGUGUCGAGACCUUAGCAGAUGCAUUAUACACUAAUCGCUCUGAUGAUGAUGAAUUUCUUGAUGCUCCCCUUACUAUGGAGGAGGCUGUCACGGCUGAAGGCCAUUUGCACACUUAUGGAUCUUGUGCAGCUGUGAAGGAUGAGAUCUUAAAACGCAGUACUCAGACCACUGACUAUAGCAAAGAGCGCAUACCCUCACUUCAUGAUAAUACAAGUUCGAAGAACAGAAACAUACAGACAACUCCAGUAAGCUGCAACAUCAAUAAGAAUUUGCUGGUGCAACAGUACGAGAAGACAAUAAAGUGCAAGGAACAAGACGAAGAUGUUACUGGGUUGGAGGCAAGAGCGGGAAGUGCUUCUUUAUGUAAGCCCACUGAUCUGGGAAAUAACACGAAAUUUGUGCUAGUUCCUCCAGAUGGUGGUGCUGGUAUUAUGGGGCAACAGUAUGCUGAAAGCGGACCUGAGCAUGAUGAGUCAUCUGAAACUCUAAGCAGCCAAUCAUACUCUGAGAAAGUUAAGGCAGCAUCUCCAAGAUGCUCCGUGGUAAAGCCAACCAAGAGUGUACGUACAGACUAUAAACUUUAUGAUGUUGAGUUGGCAGCUGAAGGAACCUACAAGGGUCACCGUGCGCCUCUUGUUUCCCUCAUGAGUCAAUGGAAUCGUAAACCUGUUCUGGGGUUCCCUUUACCUGUUGUGGUUUUGGAUGAUAGUUGUCCAGUGGAAAGUAGAGAUAAUCACCAUCUGGCAAGAAGCAAUCUUAACCACUUGAUAAAGAGCGAAGUUGCAGAACCACGUCAGCAAAGAUCAUCACAUGCAUCUAGAUCAAAACACAGUGGGCGCAAAAAGGUCUCGGAGCAUGACAUGGAUAGGUCUUGGCGGCCACAUACCAAGAAAUCAGAAGCUGAGCAUGACGUGGAUAAGUCAUGGCGGCCACAUACCAAGAAAUCAGAAGCUUCGCCAAGGAAAAUGCGCAGGCUCUCAUCUUUUGCCAGCAGUCGUAGAGAAAGUGCUAGAAGGAAUACUUUAGUUCGGAAAAUUGGUGGAUCCACAAUUGCCUGCAUCCCGGUUCGACUUGUUUUCAGUCGGAUCAAUGAAGCAUUAAGCUUUCCAGUGAGAUCAGGAACCUGAGGUGCUCCGCCAGGGCUUUGCAUUAAAGAAAGACCCUGAUCAUACAUUUACUAGCUUUUCAUGUACAUUAGUCGCUAUAAUUUUUUAAAGUUUGAUGCCUGGCAUGUUAAUAUGACUAUUAUCUGGUUGUAAUCCGUAAUUCCAGUAGGCAAUUGGUCAUUACCCACCGCUGUGUUGGGGACAUCCCCAUGGUGGAAGGAAAUAAGCAGCAUGAGUAGCUGUGCGCUGAUGGUGGAAGCAGGGAAGGAAAUAAGCAGAAUUAGUGUUUCUUUUCGCUGAUAGAAAACUUGACUUUUGCCAAAUCUUGAAAUUUAGAUUCAUAGCCCUAAGCAAAGUCUUGUUGGUC